AUGACUGAACGUCCUGCUGCGCCUGUCAAGCUUUCCUUGCCAUUAAAAUAUCAACAGGACCUGUUCAACGAGCUUCGCAAUGAAGAUGAGCUCGUCAUUCUCGCCCGGGGCUUGGGGCUCCUGCGAAUCGUGACCAAUCUCCUUCAUGCAUUUGAUGCAGCAGGUAACAAUCUGAUUAUAGUAGUUGGUGCUGAUGAUAGAGAGAAUGAAUGGAUUGGCGAAGCGCUUGCGGAGCACUAUGCGAUCAGCAAGUCUCCCCUGGCAAGGGGGCUGAAAGUGAUUAAUACAGAUAGAGCCACUGUUCCUAUGAGAGAGAAAACAUAUAGUCGAGGAGGUAUAUUAAGCGUAACAUCACGCAUUUUGGUUGUUGAUUUAUUGUCCAAACUUCUUGACCCGGAGAAAAUCACCGGCAUAAUCUUGUUGCACGCGGAAAGAGUUGUUGCAACCGCUCUUGAGGCCUUCAUAGUGCGAGUGUAUCGCCAAUUCAAUCGAAAUGGCUUCCUCAAGGCGUUCUCUGACAGUCCAGAGCCUUUCACCACUGGAUUCGCGCCUUUAUCCAACAUGUUGCGAAACUUAUUCCUACUUAAACCCUCGCUGUGGCCUCGAUUCCACGUUACUGUAGCGGAAUCUCUUGAGGGUCGGCGUAAGGCAGAAGUUAUUGAACUUGAAGUUCCCAUGACCGAUAAAAUGAGAGACAUUCAGAAUGCGGUUAUGGAAUGCGUCGAAAUUAGUGUAUCUGAGUUAAAGAAGGCCAACAGCGGCCUCGAUAUGGAAGAUUGGACGCUGGAUAGUGCCUUGCAUAAAAACUUUGAUGUAGCGAUACGUCGACAAUUGGACCCAAUUUGGCAUCGUGUCAGCUUUAGGACACGGCAGAUUGCCAAUGACCUGACGGUUCUGAGGGCUAUAUUACACUCUCUUCUUACAUAUGAUUCGGUAUCCCUGUUGAAAUACUUGGACACAGUUGUUGCAGCUCAUUCUGCUCCUCCAGGUUCAACAAGACACAGUUUCUCACCUUGGCUGUUUUUAGAUGCAGCGCAUGUCCUCUUUGAAACAGCAAAAUCCCGCGUAUAUCGAGGGAAGAUAACCGGCACCAAUACAUCAACAACUCCGAGUGCAUUCUCUGCUGCGUUACAACCUGUUUUGGAAGAGCAGCCUAAGUGGCACGUGCUUGCAGAGAUUCUUCAAGAGAUUGAACAAGACGCAUAUCUGAACCCCACACAGCGCGGUGAUUCUAAUAGUACUGUGUUGAUUAUGUGCGGUGAUCAGCGCACAUGCAGACAACUUCGAGAUUUUUUAUCGUUGAUGCACGAUCGUCCUGUUGCCGACACAGAUGACGAUGAAGAUGGCUUUGACGAAGAGAAAUCAUCCGAAAAUAGUACGUCGGGAGAAAUCCUGGUGCGAAGGAAGUUGAGGGAGUAUCUCAAUUGGAAACAGAAUUUUUCGCGUGUCAAGGAUAAUCUUUAUGUACCGAAACAGAACUCAACCGACGCACCAAAUCGUGGGCAGAGUUCCUCAUCGGUUCCAGGAAGGGCUCCUCCGAACAAACGUCGCCGUGUACGCGGUGGUGGAGCAAACGCUCUUGUCUCUGGCCGUGCCCCGAAUUCAAGUGUACAAGGGCAAGACGAAGCCCCUAUCCAGGUAUCAGAAUUACUAGAAGACCUCCAACCGAGUGCAGUGGAGGAAGUGCUCAAGGAAGACAUCGUCGUUGACAACCUAGAAGACAUGGAAGAUUUUUACGAACUGUAUGAUAUGAAUGACCUCGUGAUGAUUCAUCCUUACGACGGCGAUAUGGAUGAACGAAUCUUGGAAGAAGCUCGACCACGAUACAUUAUCAUGUAUGAACCAGACGCUGCUUUCAUUCGCCGAGUUGAGGUAUACCGCAGUUCACACAGUGACCGCAAUGUGCGGGUGUACUUUAUGUACUAUGGAGGGUCCGUUGAGGAACAGCGCUACCUGAGUGCAGUGCGACGGGAAAAAGAUGCAUUUACGAAGCUAAUCACAGAAAAGGGCGGUAUGGCCGUGACACUUACACACGACAAAAGCCUAGAAGACCCCGAGGAACAGUUUCUCAGAACGGUCAAUACUCGAAUCGCCGGAGGCGGACGAUUGGCUGCCACUGCAGCGCCACCUACGGUCGUUGUGGAUGUUCGCGAAUUCAGAAGCGCGUUACCAUCUCUACUACACGGUCGUAGUAUGGUCGUUGUUCCUUGUCAAUUGACAGUUGGAGACUACGUCUUGACGCCCGACAUAUGUGUGGAACGAAAAUCCGUACGUGAUUUGAUUAGCUCACUGAAGAACGGACGUCUCUACAAUCAGGCCGAGACGAUGCUGAAACAUUACAAAAACCCGCUACUCCUGAUUGAGUUCGACCAGAACAAGUCAUUCACAUUUGACGCCUUUGCAUCCGCUUCCCUACCCAGCACGAGCUUUCUAUCCGAUUAUGUCUUCACGUCAUCUGGCAAUCCUGCAUCAGCUGCAAGCAGUUCUCUCGUCAAUCCAUCAACCCCCAAAUCCGCACAACACAUGCUUGUCCUCCUAACACUAGCAUUCCCACGCUUGAAAAUAAUAUGGUCCUCGUCACCAUACCAAACCGCCGAAAUCUUCGCAGAAUUGAAGAAUAAAAAUCCGGAACCCGACCCUAUCAAGGCUGUUCAGAUUGGUCUCAAUGUUGAUAUUGCGGCGUCCUCGAAUCCAGGCGACGUCAUGGCUGCAGCUGGUAUAGAGCAUCGAGUGUUCCAUCAGCUUCCACAGGAUAUGCUUCGUUCUGUACCUGGGGUUACACCGGUUGUACUCGAGCGACUGAGUCUGGAAACGAAUAGUAUUCACGAGAUUGCUAAUAUGAGCGUGGAUGAGCUCGAUCCACUUGUUGGGAAAGGGACGGCGCGGAAGAUUGUUAGAUUCUUCAGGAAGAGUGUUUUUGAGGAUGAGACGGAAGGUACUUGA